GCACCGGGGGGGCACCGGGGGGGCACUGGUGUGUACUGGUGCGUACUGGUGCGUACUGGGGGCACUCACCGUGGCGGCGGCGGCUCCCUGCUCCCGCAGCCGCGGUGACCUGGGCCUGGCGCGCAGCGGGGCCGGCAGCCUGCGCUGCCCCGUGUUGCUGGUGGUGGGCGACGGCUCCCCCCACGAGGAGGCCGUGGUGGAGUGCAACGCCAAGCUGGACCCCACCCAGACCUCCUUCCUCAAGAUGGCGGACGGAGGGGGGCAGCCCCAGCUCAGCCAGCCGGCCAAGCUGACAGAGGCCUUCAAGUACUUCGUGCAGGGCAUGGGCUACAUGGCGGCGGCGGCCAUGACGCGCCUCUCCCGCUCCCGCACCGCCUCCGUCUCCAGCUCCGCCUCCGGGGAGGGCGAGCGGGGCCGCAGCCGCACCCUCUCCCGGGGCAGCCUGGGGGGGGGCGCCCCCGCCCCAUAGACACCCCCCCGCCCCAUAGACCCCGCCCCAUAGACCCCGCCCCAUAGACCCCGCCCCGCUUUGGGUUUGGAAGGCCACGGGAACCCCCCAAAAAAACGCACCCGGGAAGCGCCAAAACCACUCCAGGGUCCCCCCCCCCCCCCCGCCCCCCAAGUCCCCCCCCCAAACCCCCUUGGAACCCCCCCCCCC